GACCAAGGAGGCAACACUCAAAUAUCAUACAGGGAAGCAACAGCACACAAGAGGAUCACAGGAGUACUGAGUUGGGGAAAUUUUGCUGAAUCCAUCCAGGAAUCAAAGGACUCAAGAUGUUUAGAAAAUCAAAAGUGACGGAGGGGACAGCCACUGGCCAAGAUCCUGAUGCAGAGAAUGGUAAAGAAGUGGGGAUCAAGAAAAAAUCUAGGGUCCCCGGGGUGAUGAUUACACAGUUUAUCGAGACGCUGCCAGAGGGAAAGAGCCAUCCAGACUUCACCCGCAAGCCAAUUGCUUUGACCAUCCAAGAGGGCAAAUUUGCUUUUUUCAAAGCAAUUGUAACUGGAGACCCACAGCCAACUGUAUCAUGGAGCAGAAAUAAUGGAGAUGUGUCUGAUACGUCAAGAUAUCAAACCAAAUAUGAUCCCAAUUCCAAUGAGCAUACAUUUGAGAUGCCAAAUGUUAAGUCAGAUCAAGCAGAUACCUAUAAAUGCUUUGCCGCAAAUGAAUAUGGACAAGCUGUGGUCACAGUUGUUCUGAAUGUGAUUGAAGUUGGUUUUAAAAAGAACAAAGCCCAGCAACAAGCAGCUGAAGCCACCGGUGGGAAUUUUAAGACUGUACUAAAAAGAAAAAGUAAGAUCCGUCCAAAAUCUGAGGAACCUGUAAGAAAAGACGGUGAGAUUGAUCCUAAAUUCUGGGAGCUCUUACUUAGUGCUGACAAGAAAGACUAUGAGAGAAUCUGUACAGAGUUUGGAGUGACUGACUUUCGCUGGAUGUUAAAGAAACUUAAUGAAAUGAAGAAAGAAAGAGAAGAAGAACAAGCUCAGUUCAUCAAAAACCUGUCUAACCUGAAACCUAUUGAGGUCAAAGCAGAUGGUACUGCUUCCUUUGAGAUUGAAAUGGACCUUAUUGAACCAAGCAGCUCCAUAUUCAUAUACAAGGAUGGUGUAAUGGUUCCAUAUACAAAGGAAUUGGGAGAAAAAAUGAAGCAUAGCCUCAACCGAGUGGGGAAAAAGUAUAUUUUCAGUUUGAGGGACCUCAUGCCUGAUGAUGCUGGACUGUACCAGUUGGAUGUAGGGGAUGUGAAUAUAUUUUCCACUGAAUUUAAAAUCCCUAUGGUGGAUUUCCUGGUGAAAAUUCAGGAAGUGAAGGCAGUAGAGAGAGAAGAUGCUGUUUUUGAGUGUGUCCUGUCAAAUCCCUUCUCCAAGAUUUUGUGGUUUGGCAAGAAUUUGCCGCUGGAACAAAAUGAUAAAUAUGACAUCGAGGUUUCAGAAGACAAGCUCAUUCACAGGCUGGUGGUCAAAGACUGCAUGAUAGUAGACAAAGGAAUUUAUUCCUGCUGCGCAGGAAUAAAAUCUUGCAAUGCAUGGCUUGUCGUUGAAGCUGAUAAAGAUGCAGGCAAGGGCAAAAAAUCGGUAAGAAAAACAACAAGGGCAGGAGGAUCUGGGAUGGAUCUGCAGAAGGUUGCCCAAGAGCAGCAAGGAAAAUUAGAGAAACAGAGAGAGGAAAGAAAAGAACAGAUUAAAGCUGCUGCAGCAGCUGCACCUCCACCUGAAACCCCUCCAGCUCCUGCACCCACGAAGGCUGAACCCAAGGCACCGAAAGACCCUGAGCCAAAAAUCGAAAACGAACCAGCAGCAGUGGCAGAUCCACCCGCUGUGGAGGUAGUAAGCACUGAGCCUGAAAUUACGUGUGGACUCUCUGAUGUUUAUGCUCUUCGUGGAAAUCCGGCUGAAUUAGCGGUGAAGAUGAGCAUGGACUGCGACGGUACCUGGUUCAAAGAUGGAGAGCAGUUAACCUCGGGUGCUAGAAUCCCCAUAACCAAAGAUGGAACCUCUCACAAGCUGACUAUUCAAAGCUGCGGAGAUGACGACUCUGGGCUUUAUCGUUUUGUAUCGGGGGAUAAUAGUACACAAGGAAAGAUCACUGUUGGAGGCGUACCUGAAUUUGACCCAGACGAUCUUCACAAGUUCUCCAAACCUGUGAUUGUAAGAGUGGGCCAGAACGCCGCUUUUAAGAUGCCCUUUCCUCCUCAGGAGUCUUUGGUGGUCAGUUGGUUCAAGGACGGCACUGAGAUCAAAGACGGCGGAGGAGUUAAAAUCGUGAGGGAGCCCAGUCACAGCCGGCUGAUGCUCAGAGACUGCCUGCGGACAGACACAGGGGAAAUCAAGAUCCAACUCAAAAACCCAUUCGGAGUUGUGGAGGCCACAUCUAAGCUUAUAGUGCUUGAUCGGCCAGGUCCACCGGAGGGUCCAGUGGAGACUGUUGAAACCACCUCAUCUAUAAUUGAGAUUAAAUGGAACCCUCCCAAAGACGACGGCGGCUCCACUGUCACCAACUAUAUUAUAGAACGGCAGCAGGUAGGACAGAGUCUGUGGACAAAACUUGGGGAUGUCUCAGCUGACAAGACCUCCUUCAGAGACAGGAAUGUGACUCAUGGAAAGAAAUACAACUACCGCAUCUACGCAGAAAACCCUGAGGGCCUCAGCGACACCCUGGAGACAGCUGAUAGCAUUAUGGCUGGCAUAAUGAUACUCUCCGGUCCACCUGGUGCACCCACAUUGGUGAGUGCCUCUAAGACCUGCAUCAAGCUGACCUGGACCCCCCCAGAGGACGACAGAGGAGUACCGAUCAUUGGUUACCAAGUGGAGAAACGAAAGAAAGACACAAAUCAGUGGAUUGCCCUGAAUUCAGUGAAUGAACCUAUUGAGGAGGUGAACUAUGCAGUUAAAGAUGUCACUGAGGGAGCAGAGUAUGAGUUCAGGGUUUCAGCAAUCAAUGAGUCAGGAUCAGGAGACCCAAGCCCUCCCUCUGAAAUGGUGUGUGCAAAGAAUCCCAACAUGAGACCUUGUUUUAAAGACCCAGAGGACUUCAUUGUUGUCAGAGCAGGAAAUUCUGUACGUGUCAAAAUUUGCUAUGAGGCUGAACCUCCACCUCAGAUCACUUGGCUGAAGGAUGAUGAGCCAAUAUCCCCGUGGGUUAAUGUCAUCAACACAGAGGGAAUGUCUCAGCUUGUUAUUCCCUCAUCAAAGCGCUCAGACUCUGCCAUUUACACUAUCAAAGCCAAAAACUCUGUGGGUGAGGCCUCUUUCGACAUUGAGGUUAGAGUCACAGAUGAACCCAAGACUCCAGGGCCAGUGGAGAUUGAGCAAACAGUCCACGGCAAAGUGGUGAUAUCAUGGGCUCCUUCACCGGACCAGGAGCUCGACGACCGCCUGUACUAUGUGGUGUCUCAACAUGACUCCAACACCAGAGUGUGGAAGACUGUAGCGGACCGCCUCUUCACUAACACAUACACAGCCAACAACAUCCUUCCUGGGAGACAGUACCUUUUCCGGAUCUACGCCAAGAAUGAUAUGGGCCUCUCAGAUCCAUCUCAGUCACCUACAUGGGGCAUCAACAAUAACAGAGUUCCAAUAUCUUCACAUGGAGUUAAUUCAUCAGAUAUCUGCUUUGAGAGGCCUCCAUCCAUCUUGGUCCCUCUGAAAGUCCACACGCCACCUAAAGGUUACCAACUCUACAUGACAUGUGCUGUCCGAGGAUGCCCUACGCCCACUGUAUCCUGGUACCUGAACGACAUCUGCAUCAACUCAGACAACAACUAUUAUAUCACCAAUUCAUUUGGUGUGUGCUCCAUGUUCAUUCUUAGAGUCCGAUCAAUAGACAGCGGUGACUAUAAAGUUGUUGCAGUCAACCCUCUGGGAAAGGCAGAGUGUUCUACUAAACUUAUUGUUAGAGACUGAAACGGCAUGGAGGCUUUAUGCAGCUUUUCCUCUUACUGAGAUAUUCUGAACAAUAAGGAGGUGGAAUGUUUUGUUUUACUGCAUAGACUGCGUUGAAAUGUAAAGUGCUGGUAAAAUCAUCUACAAUGGUCUAAAUACUAACUAAUUUAAUUUAUUUGAAAUGUGACUGAUUUCCAAUUGUUACCCUGUAUUCAGAAAUAACGAUUUAGCAUGAGUGAAGUGAAAAACCAGAGUACAAAGACAUUUGUCAAACUUACUAUUCUAGCAACUGCAAUAAAUUGACAAAUUGAUAA